ACUCUGUGCUGGUUCUGCGCUGCGCCUCAUUCUCCAGUCUUGCGCCCCGAAUCGCCCUCGCCCUCGCUUGGCUCUCGGCUCGCUUCCUUCAGUCGUUUUGGAGGGGUGAAGGGUGCGUGCGUGCGUGCGUGCGUGGGAGGAACGUGGAACCAUUCACUUUUCCUUGAAGAACUUGCACGCUCGUGAUUUUGGUGUCGGUGUAGGCGUCGUCGCUGCUGCUGUUGCUGCGGUUGGCGGUCCUGUGAUUUUGCCGCCCGCGGUCGGUCGAGGGCGUGGUCGUCGUCGUUCUCGUCGUUGAUUCGGAUCUCCUGGUGAAUUCGCGGAGCAGAAUGGCUGCAACCUCAUGCCUCACGUCAGGUAUCCGAACGUUGACAGUGACCUCCAGAAUUGUUCAAGAACAAGGGCUUUCAGAGUACGCGAAAGUCUCGAACCUGUCGGUCCCAUUCAACAGAGGGAGCGUGAAUAUCUCUCAUUCGCUUGGUGCUGUGUCCAACACAAAAGGAUAUACCCGGAAGCAGUUAUUUGUCCGUGCAUCUACUAAUGGUCAUUCGAAUGGUGCCUCCUCUGAAGCUAAUGGUGCUACCGCCUCGCCGCCGUCAACUGAGGCAGCGUUAAUUUUGAUUCGACAUGGAGAGUCUCUUUGGAAUCAAAAGAAUUUGUUCACUGGAUGUGUGGAUGUGCCACUCUCUCAGCGAGGAGUAGAUGAGGCUCUUGAAGCUGGAAGACGUAUCUGUGACAUUCCCGUGGACAUAAUCUAUACGUCUGCGUUGAUCCGUGCUCAGAUGACAGCUAUGUUGGCGAUGACCCAACAUCGCAAGAAAAAGGUUCCAACCGUCCUUCACAAUGAGAGCGACAGGGCAACUGAAUGGAGUACUAUUUUCAGCGAGGAAACAAAGGAAGAAACUAUACCAGUUAUUACGGCUUGGGAGUUGAACGAGAGGAUGUACGGCGAAUUGCAGGGUUUGAACAAGAAAGAAACUGCAGACAAGUAUGGAGAUGAUCAGGUGAAAGUGUGGCGACGAAGCUAUGAUAUUCCUCCUCCCAAUGGCGAAAGUUUAGCUAUGUGUGCGGAACGAGCUGUAAAGUACUUCUCCGAGCAGGUGGAACCCCAACUCGCAGCAGGCAAAAAUGUGUUGAUAUCUGCACACGGGAAUUCUUUGCGCUCGAUUAUCAUGUAUCUGGACAAGCUCACCUCUCAGGAGGUUAUCGAACUUGAGCUGUCAACUGGCAUCCCCAUGCUUUACGUUGUUAAGAAAGGAAAAUUCCUUCGACGAGGAAGCCCAACAGGACCAAGUGUGCAAGGCGUAUAUGCACUUACUCGGAGUUUGGCCGCCUACAGGGACCAAUUAGAUAGAGCGGUUUAGGACUAGGACAGAUAAAACUGCCCAGAUCCAUAAUAGACUUUACAGGCCUCAAAUCUUUUGAAUGCCUCAAAUUGUAGACAAAUCUGGUUGUUUCGGGAAUCUGUGAUUAUUGACGGUGAACAGCUGUAGACAGGUUAAAUAAGCCAUGGGUAUUUGCCAUGGUACAACCGGACCACUGUAGACAGAAUCCCUUGGGACUACUUUCCGCUAUGUUAGAAGUAGGGUCCGUGGUUUUUCUUGGAUACAUGCAUUUCAGAGCACAAGUCUACGCUAGGGAGUCUCCAAUCCUUUUCAGCGGAUGCUGGGUUGAAUUUCUUCGAUGAUAGCGUCAGAUGAGAAUAUUCUAGCUCCAUCAAUUCGGCGAAUUUUCAGUUUAUACAUCUGCAGCAGGAACAGUGGCAAUUCACCACCAUAGAUCUCACAACAAUCAUUCGACUUGUACUUUUAUUCAUAUGAAGUUGAGCUGACUAUGAGAGUACUCUCUCGGCCC